AUGGAAAAAAUCCUCUGCGGUCUUCUGGUAUUUGGAAUGACGGUAAUGGUCAACUCAUGUCCAAAAUACUGUGUGUGUCAAAACCUGUCGGAAUCCCUGGGAACGUUGUGUCCUUCAAAAGGAUUACUUUUUGUACCAGCAGACAUUGACCGAAGGACAGUUGAACUUCGACUUGGUGGGAACUUUAUCAUAAGCAUCAAUCGGCAAGACUUUGCCAACAUGACUGGUCUGGUAGACCUGACCUUGUCUAGAAACACCAUCAGUUAUAUCCAACCUUUUUCUUUUGUGGAUCUAGAGAGCCUUCGAUCUUUGCAUCUAGAUGCCAACAGGUUGACCAGCCUUGGAGAUGACAUAUUUAGAGGGCUAAUCAAUCUCCAGCACCUGAUUAUGAAUAAUAACCAACUGAACAGUAUCUCAGAGGAUGCAUUUGAGGAUCUUUUACAGACUUUGGAGGAUCUUGACCUUUCUUACAAUAAUCUCAAAGCUAUUCCUUGGGAUGCCAUCAGACGGAUGAUUAAUCUGCAUCAGCUAAGUCUGGACCACAACCUUCUGUUUUAUAUUACAGAGGGUACAUUUCAGGACCUGAAUAAGUUGGCCAGGCUUGAUUUGACUUCGAACAGACUACAAAAAACUACCUCCCGACCCAAUAUUUGCAAGGUCACAAAUAUCGAUGACUUCUGCAACGCCUUUUCUCCCUCCCUUGUCUCUCAGCUUUGGGGGGAACCCACUUCAUUGUAACUGUGAGCUUCUGUGGCUUCGGAGGCUGGAGAGGGAAGAUGACAUGGAGACAUGCGCUUCGCCCUCUGCUCUGAAAGGAAGGUAUUUCUGGUAUGUUCGCGAAGAGGAAUUUAUCUGUGAACCCCCUUUGAUUACCCAACACAGUCAUAAGCUGCUUGCCCUUGAAGGACAAACCGCAUCUCUAAAGUGUAAAGCGGUUGGAGAUCCUGCUCCGGUCAUACAUUGGGUCGCUCCCGACGGUCGCCUGAUUGGCAACUCUUCAAGAACAGCAGUCUAUGACAAUGGUACUCUAGAUAUAUUAAUAACCACAUCCAAGGAUUAUGGAACCUUUACCUGCAUAGCGGCAAAUGCUGCGGGCGAGUUGACAGCCCCCGUUGAGCUAUCCAUUGUUCAGCUGCCCCACCUGAGCAACGGCACCAACCGAACGGCACCACCUAAAUCGAGGCUUUCUGACAUUACCAGCUCCACCAAAUCCAACAGAGGAGAAGUUAAGACUCAACCAGAGAAGGCUGUCGUGGUGUCGGAAGUGACGACUACCACAGCUUUGGUUAAGUGGUCAGUAAGCAAGUCCGCCCCAAAAGUUAAAAUGUACCAACUGCAGUACAAUUGCUCAGAUGAUGAAGUUCUCAUCUACAGGUAAACUAUGUUU